AUGUCAAUGAAGAAUACAGUUGGUUUAAGAUUGAUGAUGUUUGUGUUGUGUAUGGUGUCAGAGGUUGUUAAUGGUGAAGAGGAGAUUAGAUGCAUUCCAGAGGAGAGGGAAGCACUCCUCCAAUUCAAGACUGCCAUUGUCGAUGAGUACGGCAUGCUCUCAUCUUGGAACACUCCUCACUGCUGUCAAUGGGAGGGGAUUCGCUGCAGCAACCUCACCUCCCAUAUUCUCAGUCUCGACCUUCACGGAGACUUUCUUGUACAAUAUGACCAACGUUAUCUGAGCGGAGAGAUCCACAAGUCGUUGAUAGAGUUGUCACAAUUACAGUAUUUGAACCUCAGUUCUAAUUCUUUUCCAGACACUCACAUCCCAGAGUUUCUUGCCUCUCUCAAAAACUUGAAAUACCUUGAUUUGUCUCAUUGUUAUUUUGGCGGAAGAAUUCCAAGCCAGUUUGGCUCUCUUUCUCAUUUGAAAUACUUAAAUCUUGCUUGGAAUUCUUUGAAGGGUUCAAUCCCUCGUCAGCUUGAAAAUCUCUCCGAAUUGCAACAUCUUGAUCUUAGUUGCAAUCGUUUUGACGGAAAUAUACUUCCUCAACUUGGAAAUCUCUCCCGAUUGCAGUAUCUUGAUCUCAGAGACAAUCUUUUAGAAGGAAAUAUAGCACCUCAAUUUGGAAAUCUCUCCCAAUUGCAUGAGCUCUAUCUUGGAGGAUAUCACCCUCAGUUCUAUCUUUCUAAUAAUCUCAAAAUCAGUGACGGAGGUCAGUGGCUCUCAAAUCUCAUUUCUUUAACCCAUCUUUCUUUGGAAUCUGUAUCAAAUCUUAGUAUUUCUCAUAGUUGGUUGCAAGCGAUUGCGAAGCUACCCAAACUAAGAGAACUAAGUUUAGUUGAUUGUAGCCUUUCCGAUCAUUUGAUUCUGUCAUCCAAACAUUCUAAGUUCAAUUUCUCUACAUCCCUCUCUGUCCUUGAUCUUUCUCAGAACACCUUCACAUCACCAAUGGUAUUCCAGUGGGUGUCAAACAUCACUUCUAACCUUGUUGACCUUGACCUUAGUUUAAAUGCCUUGGAGGGUUCCACAUCAAGUGAUUUUGGCAUCGUCAUGAAUUCGCUUAGGCAUCUUGACCUCUCCUUUAAUAAUUUAAAAGCCAGAGAUUUGAAAUCCUUCAUUAAUAUAUGCAGCUUACAUUCUUUAUCCCUAUCCUCAAACAAUUUGACUGAAGACCUUCCCUCCAUUCUCGGUAAUUUGUCCAGUGGAUGCGUCAGACACUCAUUACAAGAAUUAGGUCUGUUAUGGAAUCACAUCACUGGCACUUUGUCUGACAUUUCAGUAUUUUCCUCUUUGAAAUCAUUGUUUCUUGAGAGAAAUCAGUUAAGUGGAAGGAUACCUCAAGGUGUCAAGUUACCAUCCACUUUGGAGCGUUUGUUAAUUAGCUCAAAUUUCAUCGAAGGUGGACUUCCAAAAUCAUUUGGCAAUGCAUGUUCUUUGUUGUCAUUGGACAUCUCUAAUAAUGGCUUGAGUGAUGAUCUUCCUAUGAUAAUUUCUCACUUGUCUGGAUGUGCUAAAUAUUCAUUGCAAGAAUUAUAUCUACACAGGAAUCAAAUCAAUGGCACACUACCUGACUUCUCAACAUUCAUAUCUUUAAAAAUAUUAGUUCUUUCUGAAAAUAAGCUAAAUGGAGAGAUUCAUAAAGACAUUCAAUUUCCUCCUAAAUUGGAGGAGCUCUACAUGUAUUCAAAUUCUUUAAAAGGUGCGCUGACUGACUACCACUUUGCUAAUAUGUCUAAAUUAGAGAACUUGGAUUUAUCUGAUAACUCAUUGGGCUUGGCAUUUACUCAAAACUGGGUUCCACCUUUUCAAUUGUUAUCGAUAGACUUGAGAUCUUGCCAGCUUGGUCCAACAUUUCCCAUGUGGUUGCAGGCACAAAAUAAGUUUUUCCAUAUUGACAUUUCAAAUGCUACAAUAUCAGAUAUUAUUCCUGAAUGGUUUUGGGCUAAAUUACCUCUACAAAAAGUGAUGACAAUAAAUAUUUCAUCCAACAGUCUACGAGGAAAAAUUCCAACUUCAAUGGGAUCGCUUCUUGAUCUACAAGUAUUGUUGUUGAGAAGUAACAAUUUAGUAGAAGGAAUCCCUUUCUCCCUAAGAAAUUGCACAAAACUAGUAAUGCUUGAUUUGUCAGAAAACAAAUUAUCAGGAUCUAUCCCGGAUUGGAUUGGGACAAAACAACAGUUGCAAAUAUUAAGUUUGAGUAAAAAUCAAUUCUUUGGGAGUUUACCAUUUACGGUUUGUUGUCUAAGAAAAAUUCAACUCUUGGAUCUCUCAGUAAACAACUUAUCUGGAAAAAUUCCUAAAUGCAUAAACAACCUUACUUCAAUGGCUCAAACCACAUCUUCAAUAUAUCUUUAUUAUGUGUUGAAAAUUGGUCUUUAUAAUUCCGAGAGGCAAUACUAUUUGAAUGCAUGGUUGACAUGGAAAGGUUCAAAACAAAUGUUUAUGACUAAAGGUUUGUCACUAUUAAAAAACAUUGAUCUCUCAAGCAAUCAUUUCUCAGAAGAAAUUCCUAUAGAAAUAGAGAAAUUAUCUGGUCUGAUUUCAUUGAACUUAUCAAGAAACAAUUUGAUUGGAAAUAUACCUUCAAACAUUGGAAAUUUAACAUUACUUGAUUCUCUUGAUUUGUCAAGAAACCGACUUGUUGGUUCAAUUCCUCGAAGUCUUGCUCAAAUUUAUGGACUUGGUGUGUUAGAUUUGUCUCAUAACCAUCUAAGUGGAGAAAUUCCUAAAGGCACACAAUUACAGAGUUUCAAUAAAUCUAGUUAUGAAAAUAAUUUCAAUCUUUGUGGACCACCACUUGAGAAGUGUAUUGAGGAUGGAUCUGCACAAGAACCAAAUGUGGAAGUUGAUGAAGAUGAAUAUUCAUUAUUGAAUAAUGAUUUUUUUAUAAGUAUGGCAUUUGGAUUUGUUUUCAAUAUCCCUAACCUCCGUGUUGGAACCCUAGAUUCUCUACUCUCUCUCAGUAAUGACCUCAUCAAGUCGAACAAUUUCGUGGAAGGAGUGACGCACAAGAUCAGGCACCAGAUUGAGGAGCUCCAAAGAGUUUCUGGUGUGGACAGUGGCGGCCUCACUAUUGACGGUGUCCCUGUGGAUUCCUAG